AGCUCAAAAAUACCCUUGACAAUUUUGAAAAAUGUUAGAAUGCCAGACUUGAUAAUUAAAAAGAAGGAAAAAUUGAUGGUGGCCCAAGAACUAAAACGUUAUAGCGGUCAGCAUUUACGGAUCUGUCUUUCCCUAUUCAAUUUUCUUUAACCGAGGAGGAGAAGCCUCAGAGAUACAGUGUCGGUGGUCCUCAAAAUCAUUGACCCACAUAGAAGCCAUGGACUCCAAGUCUCAACAACCAGCUACUGGUGGCUCUCCUAAACCAUGGGAACAAGCUGGGGGCUCAUCUAGUUCUGGACCCUUUAAGCCACCAUCGCCUGGCAGCACCAGUGAUGCGGUUAAGGCAUCCGGAACAGCAAGACCAGAUGAAAUUGUUUCCUCUGCAGAUAGAACUACAGUCGUAAAUAGAAACGCUGUUGGUAGGCCUGUACCUAGCAGGCCUUGGGAGCAACAGAAUUACGGGGGCACUUAUGGAGGUUAUGGUUCUGGUUUAAACUACAACUCAGGGUAUGGUUCUGGAAUGUAUGGUUCAUCAUACGGUGGAUUAGGGUCUUAUGGUGGUGGAUUGUAUGGCAAUGGCAUGUAUAGAGGAGGUUAUGGUGGUCUAUAUGGGAACUCUGGAAUGUAUGGUGGUGGUCUCGGUGGCUUUGGGGGUCCAAUGGGUGGUUAUGGGAUGGGCAUGGGUCCAUAUGGUGAGCAAGAUCCAAAUAAUCCAUAUGGUGCUCCAUCAUCCCCACCAGGUUUUUGGAUAUCCUUCCUCCGUGUGAUGCAAGGUGUUGUUAACUUCUUUGGCCGGAUAUCUAUUCUGAUAGACCAGAAUACAAAGGCAUUCCACAUGUUUAUGUCUGCUCUUCUUCAGCUUUUCGAUCGCACAGGAUUGUUGUAUGGAGAAUUAGCUAGAUUUGUGUUAAGACUGCUGGGAAUCAAAACGAAACCCCGAAAGAUCAAUCAACAGGGACCUGAUGGUCUGCCAGGACCCCAGAACGCUCGUGGGAAUCAAAACUAUAUUGAGGGGCCGAAGGCUGCUGCAAGUGGUGCAUGGGACAAUGUAUGGGGUGAAAAUGCUAGCAGUUAAUUUGGGACCUCAAUUUCCAUCCUGCAGUUCCCUGUAAAUUGACCAGAAAUUGGAAAAGGCUUGUCGCAGCAUAGAUGAAACAAAUACUCGCACCUGUUGAUGAAGGCUAGGCGGUGCUCCUCCCAAGAAUGUGGCCAAAGCUUUUCUGCAUGGUUUGAAUGUACCAAGUACUCCCAUAGUGUUAAAAAGAUGAGACAUAAUAUGGUGAUUUUUUUUUUUUCAAAAAGAACAAACGUUUACUGUUUUGGCUAUCCUUACCUUUUUAAUAAAAGUGAAA